AUGCAGGCGGAAAAUUCACUGCAAGGCCUGGUGUGGAAGGUGUUAUUGGUGAGCAAUUUAUCAUUUGGGCUGGGGGUGUGCUUGGCUGCAGGAACUGUCUACGUCCCAUCUCUGCUGCUGCGCGCCGGCAUGGCGGAACGGUGCACGACCGUGGUGCUCGGAGUGAGUCCGGUUCUGGGCUUGAUCUUUACACCGAUAAUUGGCUAAAGUAGUGAUUCGUGGCAAGGCUGUUUUGGUCGACGACACCUCUUUAUUUGGAUGCUGAGCCUAGGAGUUUUGCUGGGCCUGCAAAUCAUGCUACAGGCCUGGCACCUGGCUGUGCUGAUGUCCCCACAGCAAGCAUACUGGCCGUACACUGCCCUGCAAUCUGCGAUGGUCUGUCUGAUAGAUUUCUCCUGAAACGCCUGCCUCACUCCAUUGUUGGCCCUGCUGUCAGACCUGUUCCCCAGGGAGGAGGAAAACCGCAGAGCAUUCUCUGUUAAUUCCAUGAUGACCAGCCUGGGAGGCUGCCUGGGAACCUGUUCUUGCUCCCCAAUAGCAACACACCUGGGAGGCCGGGAGGCCUUCAUCUACACCCUGCUCACCCUCCUCUUCCUCAGCUGCCUCCUCACUACACCGUUCAUCCCAGAGAAGACAGGAACUGGAGGAGGAGAGAGAAAGACUGUCGUCCCUAGCACUUUAAAAAGCUGGAGCAGCAAAUACAGUCAUAUGGAGACUGUUUGUGGCAGAGGUGCUUUGCUGGUGUUCAUCACCGCUGUCAUGAGUUUGUCAGACAGUGUGAUAACUGUCACUUUCAUGGUGGCUUUGACAGGAUACACAAUCUGCGUCCUUGCGGUACUGCCAUUCACACUGCUGUGUCUCUAUCACUCAAAUAACUGGUUUUUUUCACCUCAUCCAAUCCAAAACCUUGUUUGCUCAGUCACAGUGAUGACCCAAAGCUUACCAAGCCCGUCUUUUCCUGUGGUCUGGGCCAAUCCUCAUGCUAAUGACCGCACAGUGGGGUUGACUUUAUCUGGGGAAGAACCCUCUGUUGGGUUGCCCCACAUUUCAGUGUUUGAGGGUGGAAAUGAAAGAGAUGCAGCAGGCUGCACACCAGCCUCCCAGAGAGGGAUGUGUUUUGAUAUAGCAAUACUGGAAAAUUCCUACCUGCUCUCAAAGGUGCUGCCGGCAAUAUGCCUUGAUUCAGUAGUGCAGCUGGUGAACAGUGUGAUGGCUUACAUGGCCUCCGCCUGCUGCUUCAGCCUGCUGGCAAUUCUCUGCUCCGCCAGGGUCAUCUACAGCCUCACCAACCUUCAACUCUGA